AAAUGGAAUUUCCUUCUUCUUUCACUAGUACUGAAAGAGCAUUUGUUCACCGUCUUUGUCAGUCUCUUGGGCUGAUAUCUAAAAGUAAAGGAAAAGGAGCAAAUAGAUACCUGACUGUAAGGAAGAAGGAUGGAUCAGAACUAACACAUGCAGUAAUGACUUGUUGUUUGGCUCCCAGUACAAAACAUGCUGUUCGGAGUUUAAUUCAGAGAUUUCCUGUCACAAAUAAAGAACGAACAGAACUUCUGCCAAAGACAGAGCGAGGAAAUGCAUGUACUGUGGAAUCUGAAAACAGAGAAGUGAACAAGACAAGCGGACGGCUUAACAAUGGCAUCCCUCAGGUUCCAGUGAAAAAAGGGGAAUCGGAAUUUGAUUCCUUCAGGCAAUCACUACCAGUUUUUGAAAAACAGGAAGAAAUUGUCAAAAUAAUAAAGGACAAUAAAGUUGUUUUGAUUGUAGGGGAGACUGGAUCGGGAAAAACUACUCAAAUCCCUCAGUUCCUUCUUGAUGACUGUUACAAAAAUGGAACUCCCUGUCGUAUAUUUUGCACUCAGCCAAGACGUUUGGCAGCUGUUGCGGUGGCUGAAAGAGUGGCAGCAGAAAGAAGAGAAAAGAUUGGCCAGACAGUCGGUUACCAGAUCCGAUUAGAAAGCAGGGUUUCUCCAAAGACACUCUUAACAUUUUGCACUAAUGGCAUACUACUUCGCACGCUAAUGACAGGAGACAGCACUCUAUCAACAGUGACACAUGUUAUUGUGGAUGAAGUACAUGAGAGGGAUAGGUUCAGUGACUUCUUGUUAAUAAAAUUGAGAGAUGUGUUGCAAAAACAGACUCAUUUAAAACUUAUUAUUUCUAGUGCUGCUCUAGAUGCAAAUCUCUUUAUUAGGUAUUUUGGAAGUUGCCCAGUAAUACACA